UACGCCUCUGUAGUAAGCGACGGCCAAUCCGAUAGGUAUAACUGGAAGCAGCAUGGUCAAGGGCAGCGGCUGAACGAGGCAAGAUAGCAAGGAAGCAGCAAGGCAGCAACAAGAGGAGAAACCUCGUGUGAACGGCUGUCACGGAAGAAGUCAGUCGUUUUGAGCUGUGUUGAAGAACAGACUGAAGCAGAAAUGGACCAGGCACGGUCAACAAUAUCAAAAAUUUUUAACGGGGAGCCGCAUUCCUACACACGUUUCAACUUGACCCAGAACAUGGAAGGCGAAAACAGCCAGGUGGAGAUGAAUCUGUCGUCCAACAUGGACGAGGAGGUCGGGGGAAACGGCGUGGGAGACCACCUCAAUCACAACUCUAACCGCAAACCCUACGCGGGUCAAAAGCUUGGACGCAAACCAAAGAACCUCUGCUUCAUGGCCGCCACCACCCUCCUCAUCUUCAUCAUCGGGUACUUGAUUGGCUACCUGAUUCACCGUAAGAAGGACUCGGCUCCCACCUGUGAAGCCUCUCUGGACCCUUUUGUAGACACUUUUGACCACGAGACUGGUGCUGCCCCCCUCAUGGACUGGGAUGAUGUCACAAAGCUCCUCGCUCAGAAACUUUCUGCAGCCAAAUUUGAACCUGUCUUCAGUGAGUUUUCCAACACCAACCACCGGGCUGGUUCUCCAGGUGACGAGUCUCUGGCGAACAAGGUGAUCAACAAGUUUAAAGAGUACGGCAUGAACUCCUGGACCGAUGAGCAUUUCGUUAAGGUUCAGGACCCACCAGCUUCAGGCUACAACAAAUUUGCUUACAAGAAAGGGAGGGAUGAGCAUCCACAGGGAUUCCUGUCCUACAGUCCCAAUGGAACAGCGACGGGUGCCGUCUUGUAUGCAUAUUACGGGCAGGAAAGUGACUUCAGGUUGCUGCGGGACAAGAACAUCAACCUCACUGACAGGGUCGUGUUGGUACGUGUGGGACGGAUCAGCUUUGCGGAAAAGGUAGCCAAUGCUGCCAAAAUGGGUGCCUCUGCUGUGUUGAUCUACCCAGACCCCGCUGAUUACUCUAUUGGAGAUUCCACUGCGCUCUUUGGACAUGUCCACAUGGGUUCAGGGGAUCCCUACACCCCAGGCUUCCCCUCCUUCAACCACACGCAGUUUCCACCUGUCCAGUCUUCAGGCCUGCCAAAAAUCUUGGCUCAGACCAUCACAGCUGGCAUGGCUACCAAUAUUCUGAGGCAGCUGGGGGGUCAGAUUGAACCCGAAAGUUGGGGAGGCCACUACAAACUGGGAGAACAGAGCGACGUUAUUACUGUCGAGGUCAACAACGUUCUUAUUGAGAAAAAGAUCAAUAAUGUCUUUGGGGUCAUCAAAGGCUUUGUGGAUGCAGAUCGAUAUGUGGUGAUCGGUGCUCAGAGGGAUGCGUGGGGUGCAGGUUUUGCUGCGUCGACUGUCGGCACCAGCGCCCUCGUUGAGUUGGCACGUUCCAUCUCGGAUAUGGUGAAGAAUGAUGGAUUCAAACCAAGGAGAAGCAUUGUGUUUGCCAGUUGGAGCGCUGGAGAAUAUGGGAGUGUUGGCGCCACCGAGUGGUUGGAGGGUUAUCUUUCCUCUCUGAGCAUGAAAGCCUUCUCCUACAUCAACCUGGAUAAAGUCGUAACAGGUCAGAAAGGAUUUAAAGUGGCAGCCAGUCCCUUGAUGCACAGACUGAUCGAGAGCACUCUGACUGAGGUAAACUCUCCAAACAAGGAUGGGACACUCUCUUCCCAAUUUGCAAAGGGCAACAUGGAAUUAAAUGUGUUGGAGCCUCUAAAGGUUGAUAAUGCUGCUUAUCCUUUCCUUGCCUUUUCUGGCAUUCCCUCAGUCACAUUUGGAUUCAGCUCUGGUAACUCGGACUACCCAUUCUUUGGCACAAUGCUGGACACCAAGGAGAAACUGAACUCUGCCACGAGCAACCAGGUGGCUCAGCUGGCUGAAAUAGCGACCCGGUUCGCAGGUCACAUCGCGCUGAGGCUGGUCCACGAUCAUCUGCUGCGGAUGGACUUGAUAAAGUACAACAAUAUUAUCCGCACUCAAGUUGGUCAGAUCAACAGCAAAGUCAAUACUGUUAAGAAGAUGCAGCCCCAGCUGUUGCCCAAGGCCCUGACAGUGCAGUGGUUAAUCUCGGCCUCUGGCUCCUACAGCCGCGCCUCUCGCAAGCUAGUGGAAGACAUCAAGAACAGUGACCUGGAGGACAUCGAGAUGUGUCGUAUCAUUAAUGACCGCAUAAUGAUGGUGGAAAGGAACUUCCUGUCCCCCUAUGUGUCUCCCAGAGAGAGCCCUUUCCGCCACAUCCUGCUGGGCUCCGGGCCGCACACUCUCAAGGCUCUGUCCAACCACCUCGAAGCCCUGAGGACCGACCACCCCGAGGCAGACGGCGACCUGUUCCACAACCAGUUUGCCUUAGCGACCUGGACAGUUCAGGGAUGUGCCAACUCGCUAGCAAGCGACAUCUGGUCUUUGGAUAAUCAAAUCUAAAAAGUAAUUUCGCCCCCUUCUCCCUGACUCGUGUUUGGCCCUCUUAUCACAACUGGUAGUCAGACGCGCAGCUUUUUUUAAUAGAUAAGCUGCUCGAAGGAAAUUAUAAAAUUAGGGCUGUAACUAAAUGGAUACCAGUUGCACGGUCAUCACCUCCAACAAGUGAUGAGCUCAUCGUUCUGAAACUCUCAAAGUUGUACUUGCGCCAUACCUAAAGUUUAUAGGGUCGUCCACUUUUGGAAGAAAAAUUCCUCCCAUGAUUUUUAACAUGUGACCUUUCAAUACGACAUUCUGAAUAGUUUGGUGCUAGUAACGUCUACCUUUUUUAAAUGCCCAUGACAUGUAGCACUACUACUUAAAUUGGUGUUACCUCAUGAAUGUUAAAUGUAGGGAACUUAAGGCUUCUUCAGCACAGUAUCAUCAGGUCAUAAUCACAGGAAAGGCUGUGUCUGCCAGCUCAGAGAUGAAUACAACUCAAAUGACCAGUAUGGUAUUAUAAGCUAAUGACUUUCCAACUGUUUACCAUAAUUAUUACAGAUUAAAACUGCUGGCAUUUCCACUACUGCUGCUGUAGCCUCAUGUUAAAACCUGAGCUGGUUAGAAUUGGUAGCUAUAAUUUCACACUGUGCUGAAAUCUGCUGCUCAACUUAUUGUCAGAUUUGGAAGUUUGGAAGAAAAUGAGUUGAAAAUAACACCGUUAUGUUGCAUAGAACACAUCUUGAAUAUAUGUUAGACAAUCAGCGUGGUGUCAUUUAACACAUGCUGCAUUGAUCUCUUGGAACAGUCCUGAAUAAUAACUAAUAAAUCAGAAUUUCUUAAUGACCUGAAUGGCCUUCUGACAUGAGAGCAAACCUAUGCAGGCCUUUCAAAACCUGAGGGAGGAGGUCUCCAACCAUGUGGCACUGAAACAGAAAAAACGUACGUCUAUUUAUUGUGUUAUUUAUUUAUCAGUGGCAGGGUUCACUAUAAAUAUUUUUUUAUUGCCUUUUUAUAAAAAAAUGUGUGUAUAAUUAUCGGGAGCAGUGCCUUUCAUAAUUAUGACAGUUAUACUGUCGAAAUGACAAAAGCAGCAUCUGCUUAAAAGAAGUGUACAUGUUGACCGACGGCCAGGACUGAACACUGAGCAGACGGCCGUCACUCGGCCAACGGCGCUACUCUGAGGUUAUAACGUUAGCUGACACCAGAUUGGUCUGGUAGCCGAGGCCAGCUCUCAUAUCACAGCGCUGGCUGUCAGUGCUGGUCCCUUGGUGCAUGUACGCCUCUCGUCCUGACAACAUUAUCGGCAGCAGUGUCUUCCAUAAUGUGAAAAAAAAAGAAGGUAGUUUUUGCCUACCAGUGUGUGUCCAUAUCGGAGGCAGUGCCCUCCAUAUUUCACUGUAGGAAUGGAUGUUUUUAUUAUCGGGAACAGUGUUUUCCAUAAUGUUUGUAUAUACACAGUGCUACACAAAGAACAAUGUGUCGUCUGCCGCUUGAGAUCCCUUCAAUGAUGUUUACUUGCUUUUGUAGUUUCUUAUGAAAAGGUUCCACAUCGGCUCUUUAUGAAAACAUUUCUCCGUCUGUCAUUAGAAAGGUAAAGAAUCUGUCUCUUGUUCUGGGUUUCUUUAGUGAGCUGUUUUGUCAUUUCAAGCACACGCUGAUAAUUCUUUUCUCUGGGCUUCAUGAUAUAAAACUGAUAUGGGACGUCUUUUGCUUUCAAGAGAUAAAUGUUCCCACCAUGUUUGGGACCCCAGAUUACAGCGGUGUGGUCCAGUAUCUCCAGACUCCAGUUGAGUUAUUUAGUGUAAAAGUGAAUUCUACUUUCUAUUGUGAUGUGUUCAUUCAUUGUUAAGGGAUUUCCUUGUGCCUUUGUGUCAUAACUGUUUCUACAUACAGUACUUAAAGAGGUUUUGGACUGUGACAAUUUUGGCUUGUUUUGCUUAGUUUGACUAUUUAAAAAAAAAAAAUAAUAAUAAUAAUAAUUUCUCCUGUUGUCAGCUAGAAUCAAAAGUUACUGGUUUAAAUGCCUGUUAUGCUACAACACCGUAAAAUAUAUUCACAGGAAAAAUGUAAGUAAAACUUUGUAAAUGGGAUUUUGAAAUUACACACUGAAAGUUACAGUAGUUGACGAUGUCCUUCUUUAGCAAAUUUGCUAUGCCUUGUCAUUUACAAUCUUUAAAAAAAUUAAUUUAAACCACAAUGCUUCAACAGAGAAACCUGCACUGUUAGUUUUAGAUCAAUAGCCAUUUAAAAUGAUCUCUUCUCAAAGAGUUUGAGUGACCUGACCUACUGGGCUAUCAUGGGGCUUGUUCUGGAAGUUACAUUUCUGUUAUUAACUUGCUGAGAUGUGGGAAUUGGUCAACAAAAUUGGUCUUUGGUGGACUAUCAACAACUUAUUUUAAAUCGUUAAAACAAUUCUUUUUUUUCCCCUCAAACUGUAUUCAAAUUUGCUUUGCUUCACGCUUUCGUUGCUGCAAUAAACAAUCACAUCAGAA